GUGAGCAGCGAGGCGGAAGAAGAAGACAACAUGGAGGUGUUUAUCUCCUCUCACAGCUUAAAGUUCAAUAAAGUUCAGUUUGCAGACGGAGCUUCAGUCACUGAUGUUCUGCUCAGGUACACUGAGGGACAGGGUUUGUCCUCGGAGGACUUCUACGUCCUCAGAGACGGUCGGCUGUCAGACCUUCAGGAUCCUCUGCAGCAUGGAGCCGUCUAUCGCCUGGAGCCGCGGCUCAGGGGAGGGAAAGGAGGGUUCGGCUCCAUGCUGCGAGCUCUCGGCGCUCAGAUCGAGAAGACGACGAAUCGUGAAGCCUGCAGAGAUCUGAGCGGCCGUCGCCUCCGAGACGUCAACCACGAGAAAGAGAUGGCGGAGUGGCUGAAGAAGCAGGCGGAGCGCGAGGCGGAGAAGGAGCAGCGCCGUCUGGAGCGGCUGCAGAGGAAACUGGCCGAACCCAAACACCAGUUCACCGACACCGAGUACCAGCGGCAGUGUCACGACCUGUCGGAGCGGCUCGAGGACUCUGUGCUCAAAGGUCUCCAGGUGUCCUGCAGCUCUCAGGUGAAGGUGGACGAAGUCUCCGCAGUAAAGAGACGGAGCUCAGACGACAGCGAGCAGCCGGAGCAGAAGAAGAAGAAGAAGACGGCGGCGGCAGCGUGUUUCUGGACGGGCGUGGGCGACCUGCCAAGCUCAGAGGAGGAAGAUGACAAGGAGGAAGAUGAGGACGAGUCUCCGUCCACGUCCUCCAGCUGUGGAGCGGCUGCUGCUGUCGCCAUGACGACACAGGCGAAGGAUGAUGACGCUCCCUCCACGUCCUCCAGCUGUGGAGCGGCUGCUGCUGUCGCCAUGACGACACAGAUGAAGGAUGACGACUCUCCAUCCUCGUCUUCCUCCAGCUGUGGAGUGGCUGCUGCUGCCAUGACGACGCAGGCGAAGGAUGACGACUCUCCAUCCUCGUCCUCCUCCAGCUGUGGAGCGGCUGCUGCUGUCACCAUGACGACACAGGCGAAGGAUGAUGACGCUCCCUCCACGUCCUCCAGCUGUGGAGCGGCUGUCGCCAUGACAACACAGACAAAGGUUGACAACUCUCCGUCCACCUCCUCCAGUUGUGGAGCGUCUGCUGUUGUCGCCAUGACGACACAGACGAAGGAUGACGACUCUCCAUCCUCGUCCUCCAGCUGUGGGCCGGCUGCUGCUGUUGCCAUGACGACACAGACGGAGGCGGAGGACUCUCCUUCCUCCAGCUGCUCCACGUCCACCAGAACCUCAGAGACCAGCUGCUCUCAGCAGCCUCAGCGUGUCUCUGCGGCGGUGGCUUCGUCCUCGGUGGUGGACGUUGCCUCGGCGGCGUCGGCUGAGCAGCUGGAGUCUCUGGGUCUGGACGUCCUGAAGGAGGAACUGAUGUCUCGAGGGUUGAAGUGCGGGGGAACGCUGUCGGAGCGCGCCGCCCGGCUGUUCUCGGUGCGCGGUCUAACCGCGGCGCAGAUCAACCCGGCGCUGCUCGCCAAACCCGCCAAAACCAAGAGGAAGUGAAGAGGUCAAAGGUCGAGGAGGUUUCCGGAUUAAAGGGACAGACCGACAUUUAGUUUGAAUCUGUUUUUAUUUUUUCUGUUUUCAGUUAGACAGGAAGUGGAACAUGUAGUGAUUCUGGGUCUGUCCAAUCAGUUUCUCUCUGCCGGUGUUUGAUGAUGUAUCGUCCAAUCAGACGCAGCUCUUUGUUUUUAACCUUUUUUAUGUUAGAUUUAAGUUUCCGACUGUUUGAACUGAUUAAUUAAACUUUCUGUUUCACAUCGAUUUUAUUGAUUAUUGAAACAUGAUCAAUAUUCUGUACAUUCAUCUUUAAACAAUAAAAGUUCAUAGUUCAAA